AAACCAUAAAGGAGCUGCUUAGAUGCGCACUGUACAUACUAUAGUUGGGUACCGUAGCAGAGUCCAGUGUUGCGCGCGUGCAUCUGUAAUAACUAAAAGACGGGAGUGAUCAAUUGAUGACAACAAGGCGCCCAGAAGUUUGAUUUUGGCCCCAAGAAAUUAUCUAAUUGUUUUGCGAUCAUUAUGUCCAUUAUGUCCAUUCACACACCUCGAAUCAAUGGCUACCUCUUCGCGACGACCUGAUGCGCUCCAGCGCCCCCAGCAGCAGCAGCACCAGCAGCAGCACUACCAGCGACGCGCCCAUCCCCAUCCCCAUUCCCAUCCCCAUCCCAAUCCCCAUCAACAGCACACAACUAACCACACAAUUAAUCCUAACAUUAAAAACAUCAACCCAGCUACUGCAAGUCUUGACGCUAAUAGCGUGGCUGCUAAACAUGCUCAUGUCAUCGCGACACAUAUCAAAACGCGAAACUCGCAAAAUAUCCUUCAACAAACCAGUCCUUCACGAAUGAAGCGCCCUCUAGAUCCUAUCGCCAAUAACUACGACCCUCCUAAGACCAAAAGAGCCCGAAUUACUGUCGAGAUUCUAGCGAGACCCACGAGACCCAUUCCUUCUACCAAUCCUCCUAGAUCCAUCACAGCGAACACGGUGAAGCCACAAUCUCAACCUCAAUUUCAACCCGAAACUCGCACGAACGAGCCUCCGGUCGCAUCAACGCAAAUUCUCCCUGCUCAACGGGAAACUACCAAGACGGCGACAGCAGUAGAACCUGGUUUAAAAAGACAUAAAGAAAAGGCCAUCAAUGGAAUUAAACAUGAACUUGAUAGAUUACAACCAAGUGCAACCGAUACCAAUUCGGCAACAGAACGGCCCGGUCGCAAGUUGCGGUCACAGGAGGCGACUCGCUUCAAGAGCGAGUUGUCAGCAUAUUUCCCCGAUUACGAUGAAGUAAUCGGCAAUGAUCCUAAAGAACAACACGUUCUUAACCUCGAUACCCCAAUUGUCCUCGUCGAUACCGAUCCCCUCUUUGGUACUCAUCAGUCACAACCCCCUGUACCCCCUCCAGGCGCAGCGACAGACACCAACGAGCGACCCCACACUAUAUAUAAUACAGUGCGAACUUACGGUGAUCAUUUGUUCGCUAACCUGUACGACUCUCAACGCAUUGAUUUCGCCUUUCUUGAAGCACGAUAUAAUGGCAAAGAUGUUGAAGACCCCCUACCAGAUGCUUAUUUUGGACCAGCGCAUAAAAAAGCCGAGAGGUUAGAAAAAUCGAUCAGAAAUACAGAAAAAGGUCGAGCGCAACAUGAGAAGGACCAAAUCAUCCGGCUGCUCAACGAGCUCCAAGGCCAUGACUGGCUAAGAACAAUGGGUGUCAGUGGUGUCACUGAAAGCCGCAAGAAGACAUUUGAGCCUGCCCGAGAUCACUUCAUUAAGGGUUGUCAAGCCAUCUUGGAGAAAUUCCGCGUAUGGAGUCAAGAAGAGAAAAAGAGGAAGCUUAUGAAGGAGCGGGCGUUAGCGGAAGAGGCGGAAGAAAACGAAGAAAAAGAAACCGAGGAGGAGGAUAACGUUGACGAGCAACCAAGCCUGGAAGGGACUUCAGAUGAGGAUGAAGAAAUGGGCGACGUCGAAACAGACCACGAUAUCCGGGAAGAUAUUAGCGACGGGGAUCCCCCAGACUACAGCGAUGCCGACGCAUCUGCCCGGCAACUUCUUGACGAGGCGUUAGCACGGGCUAAGUACACUGCAUCGAGCUCUAAGAGAUCUCGUGGUGAACCACCACCACCAAAGUCUCCAGAGCCAUAUGUGGCAAAGGAGUUUACGUCGUUCUUUGUCAAGAAGCAUCAGCGUGAAGCAGCUCUCAAUAAGGGCCGGCGAAGAGGAAGGACUAUUGUAGCUUGGGGCCAUCCUAUUCCAGAUAUGGUCGAGGGCGACUUUGAAUUACCCGAAGAAUAUCGUGACAUUGAGACUUUGAAAGCCCACGAGAGACAAAAGAGGCGGGAAAGGCGUCAGCGUCAGCAUUAAUUUAUUGAAUCCAUGUUAGGGCUUUCAUGUUUGUCUUCGGGAUAUAAGGCAACACUUAGUAUAUACGUUUAUUGCUGGACUAUCGGGACACUAAAGUUCCUAUUCAUUCAAAUGCAACCGAAUGUGGUUUUGGAUUCACAUGCUGCUCCCCACGAGAACCUUUGUUCGUACUAUAUAACGAUGCGUUUGGGCAUUUAAUGUGAUAGCCUAGUAGUAUAACUCCCACCAAAGCUCAUCGCGGUAUAUGGCAUGAUGCUGAUGAGAGUGAACCUGUGGUACUUAUCUGCUAGUUAGGUACAUGUAAAACACAAUGUCAGAUAGAUUAGUAGUGUCAAGAACAAU